AUGCCCAACCCUAACAUUGUCGCGGACACCUUCAAUCACAUCGCAUUUCCUCCCAAGCUUCCAGGGAAGCGAGACGAACAACCGUCACAAGUUGAUCUCGACCUCAUCAGUCGCCUUCGCCAUGCGGUCCAAACUAUGCAUCGCAUCGCCGAUGACGAUAUGAAGGCGGUAUGGCAGUCUCUCGAGCUAGUGUUGAGUACAUGUCACGUAGUGAACGAGAAUGGCAUGGUGAAUAAGGUCGCGUUGCUAGACGCCUUCGAUAAACUACAUACAGAACCCGCCGUUAUCGUGUAUAUCGCGGAGCAAAAUGCAGCACUUCUUUUCCGAGAGGCCCAGGACAGUGAUGAUGUUAUCAUCGAAGGCUUCGAAGCUUCCCCUAGUGCGGAGCAAACGCUUGCUGCCUCUGGGGCACUUAAAUGGCAUUUCCCAGGAACAGCAGUAUCCCUUACGAGAGAGGAAUUUGGGAGCUCGGAUCUCCAACAGAGCCUGGCAGCGUUCCUGGAAAUGGCCAGCACGGAACAAAUAGAUGAGUUCGCGUCGAAAUCACGGAAGGCGGGCGUGACGGUGGCCGAGAGUCGAGAUGUCGUCGACCCGGCACUGAUCUCAGAGUUCCUGAUAACGCUUCUCGGGGUAAAUGGUAGGCGUAUAUGCCCGCCAUUAUUAUGUAAGCGCAUAAAGGAUGAUGUUUGUUGGGAUAAUGCCGAACUCCCAUGGCGACGCAGUCCAUUUUGGUUGGUGCUCCGGGUCUGCGUCCAACGAUUGUUAUACCUGCGUCUGGGAAGUGAACUGGGACGCUUGAACUACAAGUUCCUGCUCUGUGUCGUGUUGGCUCUUCUCUUGAACGACGUUACCAAUGCAAGAGCUGUGCAUGUGGAGGAUUGCAGCUGGCUUAAAGCCAAGCUGUGCCGUCGUCUCGUCAAACUAGAAGUGGCCGAGACAAGUUCACUCCCAGCAGUGCAGAUAGCAAGCCUUCGUCUAACCCAUAACCUGGCGCCCCUUUUUGAACAGUACCUCGGGAAUGCUGAUAUUAAGAUUAAGGAGCAAUGGGAGGCAUUCAAGAGAGCUGUUCAGCGAAAGAUACCACUGUUGCCGCUCUACGCCCAGCCGAGAGAUACGUCCUUGAGUCUGCCGAACAGUAUGUCAUACCUGCAAAAUUCCCUACAAGCGACUCGGAGCGACACCCGCAGAAGCCAAGGCAUAGACUCGGCAGUUUUGGCUGAAAGGGCCCGAGGAAAUACUACGGAGCAAUUUGCGUCCUUGUCAGUAGAAUAUUCCUCUCUUACAGAUCUAGAAUCUCGAUUGCGGUCUGGCUCACGGGAAAUUCCCACUUCCAACCUCAAAAGCCAGGAGCUUUGCAUUGACAUUGCUCAACGGAUUAACCGAUACAUCAGUUCUGUUGGAAAUGCUUAUAAUGGAGACCAGGAGCAGCUGAGUGAAUUCAUUUUGAACCUAUUUGAGUUAUGGGUUUAUAUGGAUAAAUGUGCUCUUGGUGCAUAUCCAUUGCUUGGGGAAUAUCACCCUGGCUUCCGCCCAGAGCUGCUGGAUGUGUUACAGUUAUCUAGGUUCACCGAUCUAGAGCGUUUACAAGAAAUCCAAAGAUACAUUCAUACGCGCUGCACUGGCGCGUCGGAAAGAGAUAUGACUAUCUUCACAGAUCCAUCCCCGGAAUGCUUUGCGGAUCGAUAUCUGAGAACUUCCAUGGGAAGAGAUCUAGUCCACUUGCAGGACCAAAUCGAAGCCGCAUCAGUGGCCUCCCGACAUAGGAAAGAAGUAGAAUUGACAAAAGUAAAUCAUGAAUUUCAAGCUUUCUCCGAACAGAUCUCGCGGAGCUCGUGCACCCAACGGAGACACCCCGAUGGAACCCAUGACAUCCGUGGAUGCGAUCACUGCCUCCAUAUUCGUCGUCGUCGCCGGCUGAGAAUCAGUGUUCACGAGGACUUCCUGCCCACGGGCAACAGAAUAGCUGAGAAACGGGCUAUUGUGUUUGAACUGGCAAUCCCCAAGGCCUUCUCUGCGUACCGCGGCACUACGUGGAAUAUCAUAAAUUUACUUGGUCCUCAAGGAGAAUUAACAAAAACGGAAGCGCCCCGCCUUUUACUAGAAGACUAUACCCAGCUUGCCAACUAUAAGAGGAUCGUUCAAUGUCAGGGGCGAUUUACUUUAGCCUCCUACACAAAGUCGUACCUAGGUACACACUACAAGUGGAGGAAGUUGCCAGCGGCUGCAAAAAAGGUGCUGCUUCCACAAGGCCUCUCAUUCCGGUACUAUGAUGCAGAAAGGCGAUUAUGGGGAAAGGAUAGGGCCCCGUUUACACUUUCUCACCAUUUUACUCUUUCUCUUCCCCCAAAUCAUCCAUUCGCUAGUCUCUACUCGUCGUCCAGCUUUGCCCCUGAGGGCCCGGGACCCUCAUCAUACGAAGCAAUUGCAAAUGUCCGAGACUGCCCUUCCACCACAACUGUUCAUGAGUUCAUGGCACACCAAGCCCUGAUGGCCGGAAAGUACCGUCGAUGGAUUUCCAUUCUCAUUGAGCUUGGCUCUUCGAAUAUUAACCUUAGCUCAUUAGAGACGAUGAUUUUGGUGCGUCAUUUAGCAUUACAGGCUGGCCCUGGGACACCAAAUGAUGCCCUGCGAAUCACACAUUCAGUGUUCAGAGAAGUUGGAUUCUGUAAGAGACUCAUCGAACAAAUCCAUCAGCAUCUCUCUAUUAUCACGCCAAAUUGGCGGGAGACUAUCUAUAUGGAGACAAUCCUUACCUUGACUAUUCAACUCUGUAAUCUUGGGUGUUCUGAAACAUCUACAGAAGUCAACAAUUUACUCCUCCGAAUCCGGAGUAUCACACUUCAGUGGAUCAAUCACCUGCGUAAUGAGGCUCGAAAUGCUUCAGAGGUGGAUGUUGCGGAAAGGGCGGCUCGUUAUUGCUUCCUAGCUGCACUACUUUGUCGACGUACCUUCUCCAUUCACUGUGAUACCCAUAUCCCUCUGGAUAUGAAAAGCGCUCAGUGUUUUAUUGAAGCGACCCUCGCCCUCCAGGAAAGUCUAGUUGUGGACAUAACCAAAUUUAGUAACCUGACGCGCAGCAUGUUGGUACGUGACAUAAAGAUGUCCGCUAGGCUUCGCCAAAUCAUCCAAGACACGAUUAAGAUACACCCCAGCAGCCUCAAUUGCGUUCUUGAUAAGGUAUGGCCAAGUAGCUCCGGUAGAGUGUACACCACCUGGGAGCAUUUGGAGCAUCCAUAUGACGGUUGGGUUACCGUCACAGCAAAGGGAACUGAGCAAAUGGUACCGCAAGCUUUCCAUUUUCACCUGUUAGAGGGCCAUCUUUUGGUAGAUGGGAAAGCUCUGGGGAAGCUACCCGCUGACAUUCGCGACUCGGAGACUCUUAAAGAGCUUUUUGGAAACCAACGUCUGAUUGCUUUCCCUUCGAACAUGCCUGGGAUGAAUUAUACCCUGGGUCUCCACAAGGAAGGGCACCAGAUUCACUUAGGAUAUCGAAACAAGAACCUAGUUAUUCGGGCCUGGAAGGGUGGCAGAACCUUUGAACUUAUUCCGCGUUCAGUGUUUGAGAGAAAAGGUAGACUUGAUUUGCCUGUUCCUUUAGUCUUCGACUGCGUACAUUGGGUCGAUCUAAACUCAGGUAUCCUCGAGGCUAGACGUAUGCCUGCCAUUUGGAGAGAAAGACCUUCAAAUUGGAAAAUUAAUAUCCGAACACGCCGAGCACAACGAGGGAGAUCUUUGCUGGUUGAUCCCCAUUCCCAACUAGCCACCUCAAUUGCUAAAAUAUUCCGUCAUUUUGAACAUCCCUCGAUGCUGACGAUAUACCAGCCAGCUACAAAAACUCUUUCUAUUGAGUUGAAACGCAUGAACUUGGGAUUCUAUGUGAAUAAACGACAGCUUUUGCAAUGCAAGCAGUUGGCAGCUGAAGUGGAUCCAAACCAAGAAGCUGGCACUCUGUACGGACUCCAAAGUAUGCUGGUGCUUCGAAAUGUCUACAAUCGUUCGCAGCGGAGUAUCAUUACGCCUCUGGGGAAGCUUGAGUACGAGCGUCAUGGGAUCCAUGUCUUAGUGCGCAAAGGGAACAAUGGAGACUAUGGAAGGUAUAUAAUUGACGAUGUCCUUGGUCGAUUGCAUGGACCUGUAGAGCCAUUGAUGCUGUAUACACUGGCUCAGCUUCACGCAUUCACGUCGUUUACUAUCCCUGAUCCCCUAACAGGACGUACAGGAACAGAGGAAGCACUAUCUUACUUGAGAUCGGGUUAUUCUCAGCCGUGGACCCCUCUCAGCCAGGGUAAUAUCGAUCUCCUGCAUGAAAUGUCGUGUCUUACCCCACAUCGGGAGUAUUAUCCCCGGGGCGUCAAGCGACAACAGGUUGUCAAGUGGGAUCACAAUCUUACAGUGUCAAUUCAACACGAGGCAUAUCAGCCGGUUAUACAGUCAAUUCUUACCAAGUCUCAGAGGCUUUCGCUGUUUCACGUACAAGCAGCGCCUCCCUUGAUUGUUGCAGCAAAGAGCGAUAGGCAUCUACAAGAAAGGGCCUGCUGGCGCCGGUGCCUUUAUGAGCGUAUAGAUGCAUCAUGCGAAGAUAUGAUCGAAGUGCUAGACGUAAUAUAUACCUCUCGUUUCAGAUAUUGCUCAUCUAAGCAAUCCUUGCGCGUUCGCGAAAUCAUCACCCUGCUCAAAGAGCGGCCAGCAAAAAUCCACACUGCACACAAGCUUUCUAGCAUUUUGAAGGAGUGGUCAUACAUAGGUGGCUUUGCGGACGUUUUCACUUCAUAUAGCCUUGAGGGGACGCUAUUUAUUGAUUUUGCAGCUGAAUGGGGGAAACUGGUCCGCCUCUGUAUUGAUUCCGAGGCGAACAAUUCCCGUUCCCUGAUGUUUUGCCUUGGCUUGAUGGCUUAUGGAGAUGGUGUCGACUUGGAUGCGAUCCGCGUCUUAGCUGCUUUCUCCAUACUGGAUGACCUUAAGCAGUUAUCGUUGCCCAUGUAUCCGUCAUUUGAGAAUUUUUGUGACCGAGGGCGUCCUGACUUCGAUUCAGUCCUGGCAUUGGUACAUCCCUUUUGUACAAAAUUCAAGGACCCGACUCCACGUAAGAAGAAAGCCAAACAAGCCCAGAAGGCUGCCGAAGUUGCUCGGAUCCAACUUGCGAAGGAGAAUCACGACAUAAAAUGCGCAACCGAAAGUAACGACUUCGUUUCCUUUAUCUUACAACAGUGGCCUUGCGCUGAACCUUCGAAAGGUAAGUUUUCUGCCUCAUUUCUCAACGUCGCUGGGGCUCUAGAGGCAGUCAGCCACGAUUGGUUGCGACGGUACAAGAACAUGAGACUCGCGGCCUAUAUAAACGAUGUCCAAAAAGUCUUAAAUGCCCACAGCGCCAAGAAAAACAACAUUGGAGAUCCCCCAGUUACAUCGCAGCCUGUCGUGUUCAUAUCUCAAUGCCUGAGUUCCCGCACUGCCGCCCUGAAGCUCGGACAGGAUCUUAUCACCAAAUCUGGUCCAAAAUUAGAAUCGAAUUCAAACUUUUCUUCCCAGCGCGAUGAAGGGGGAAUUAUAAAUUCAGCCAGUCACCAACUGAAUGAAUUUAGUCGGAAACUUCUAUCAAAGUGGAAAGCGGCAUGGACACCAGAGAUCAGUGAGAUUGAGCAGAUAGUGCACAAGAUUGCCUACUCAGACUGUUCUGUUAGGUCUAGCUAUGGUGAGGAUCUGCAGCUGAGCAUUACUGCACUGAAGGAAAAAGGUCAGGAGCCAGAGAUAUCAUACCAAUCAGACAUACCUUAUCAUGAGGGAAUGGCAAGAUGUGAUGCCGACAUUAGGAAAGCGCAGGCGAUUGUGGACCAGUAUUACCGCCAGAUCUGCGACGCUUUUACAGCUGGGGACCCGAGGUUCAUUUGGUUACAAAAAGGAAAUCUAUGGCCAUGUACCACCCCAAUAACCAUCCUACAGCAACUUCGAUCAGUUUCUUCUACGAAAUUUGGACCGAACAUGAAGGAAGCUCUGUUAUCAUACGGGAUGGCAAUAGUCAAAUUGCAGCGGUUCAUUCGCAUAAAAGAGUUUUUUGCUAGACGGGAUAAAAGCAGACUAGAUCAGGAACACUGCCAAUCAUCCCAUUCUACAUGGGAUUACAUAGCAUUUCCUGACUGGGUCCUUCUUGAAAUCGAUUCCAACAUACAGAUACGCCAAGAGCAAGUGACGGUAGCCCUCGAGAUGGUGUCUCCAGCCUCAGGGUCCAACACAGUUUUGCAGAUGAAUAUGGGACAAGGCAAAACAUCAGUAAUCAUGCCAAUGGUGGCAGCUGCCCUGGCUGAUGGCGAUAUUCUUGCCAGGCUUCUAGUACCGAAGGCACUCACAACUCAGACCGCACAAAUCCUACAGGCUCGUCUGGGGGGGCUUGUUGGUAGAAGUCUUGUCUAUAUUCCUUUCUCACGACGUACCCCAAUAACUUCGAGCGUGAUUGGGGAAUAUCGUGCCCUUCAAGAGAACAUGCUUGGUGAAUCGGGUAUUGUUCUAGGGAAUCCUGAACAUACCUUAUCAUUUAAGCUAAGUGGACGGCAGCUUGUUUCAGAUUUGAAGAUUCCUCAAGCUGUUGAGAUGGUGGAAAUUCAAGACUGGAUCGACCGUGUGGCCCAUGAUAUCCUCGAUGAAUGUGACUUUACAUUGGCUGUAAAAACACAGCUCAUCUACCCAGGUGGCUCACAGCUUGCUGUCGAUGGACACCCGGACCGCUGGGAAGUCAUCAUGGCUGUACUAGCGUUGGUAGCCCAACAUCUCAGUGAUUUAGCGCGAGAGCUCCCGCAUAGUAUUGACAUAGUUGAAAGAGCCACCUCUGCGUUUCCAAUUGCACAUCUUCUAAGGGAGGAUGCGGAGACUGCUCUUAUCGAGCGAGUUGUUAAGGAUGUCUGUUCCGGUCAAAGCGCUAUUCUUCCGAUCCAAGAUUGCAAGGAUUUUGAAGUAGAGGCAAUUCGACAGUUCAUCUCCCGACAAAGUGUUGGUAGAGCGAUUGUCGAACAUAUCAAUGGUCUAUUUCGGGAUAUGCCAAAAGUCCGCAAGAGGGUCUACCUGCUUCGUGGAAUUUUGGUGCAUCGUAUCUUACUGCUUUGUCUUAAGAAAAGAUGGAAUGUUCAGUAUGGUCUCCACCCAAACCGAGAUCCUAUGGCUGUCCCUUUCCAUGCAAAGGGUGUCCCCUCCGACCACGCAGAAUGGGGUCAUCCAGACGUUGCGAUCUUGUUCACAUGCCUUGCGUUCUAUCAUGAGGGCUUAACCCAGGAGCAAUGCCGACGGUCCAUCCAGACUAUUCUCAAAUCAGAUGAUCCUGCUCUAGCGUAUGAUCGUUUGACACAAGGAUCAGGGACAACCUUUCCGGAAGCCCUACGACAUUGGAAUUUGAUUAAUAUUGAUGAUCACGGCCAGGUUGCAGAGAUUUGGUAUCAUCUACGCUUCUCGAUAACAGCUAUUAACUAUUUCCUGAAAACAUUAGUUUUUCCCAUCCAUGCCAAGCAGUUCUCUAUUAAGCUACAAACCUCAGGAUGGGACGUGCCUCUUUUCAACAAUUCAUCUACGCUGUAUCAGGACCAGCAAAAGAAACGUUCUGGAUUGACAACUGGAUUCAGCGGAACAAAUGAUAACCGCAGGCUUCUCCCAUUGACAAUCCAGCAGCGUGAUCUACCGGAACUCUUACACACUAAUGCUGAGGUUCUCACGUAUUUGCUUCAGAAGAGAAAUCGGGGAUAUAGACAUGCUGCAGUCGAUGGGAGACGUCUUACCGAGGCAGAACUUCUGAAGAAUCUGACGAGGAGUGGAAUCCGGAUUCUUAUCGAUGCAGGAGCUUAUAUUCUAGAGAUGGACAACCGGACUCUCGUCAGAACUUGGCUAGACCAGGAUAUCGAGGUCCAGGCAGCAGUCUACUUCGGAGGCGACAAUCAAGCUUGGGUUCAAUAUAGAACAGGGAAAACGGUGCCACUUUUUGCUACUCCUUUCGCUGAUAAUUUAAAGGGUUGCCUCGUUUAUCUGGAUGAGUCCCAUACAAGAGGCACUGACCUAAAAUUGCCCGCCGAUGCGAGAGGUGCCUUGACCUUAGGGCUGAACCAGACAAAGGACCAUACCGUGCAGGCGGCCAUGAGACUCCGCCAGUUGGGUCAAACACAAUCUGUUGUCUUUAUCGCGCCGCCGGAGGUUCAUCAGAAUAUUUUAGACAUUUGCCAGAAAGGAAGAGGCGAUAUGAUUGAUUCAUCAGAUGUAGUUUACUGGCUUCUUUUCCAGACUUGCGCUAACAACAGAGAGCUACAACCCCUCUUCUAUGCUCAAGGAGUUGAUUUCUGUCGUCGUAUUCAAGCGGCAGUACAAUAUCCCAAGUUUCUCAGCGACCCCCUUCACCAGGAAGCCUAUGUUGGUGUUCUACAGCAGCCCGAACAACAAACGCUGGAACAGCUAUACAAGCCACAAAUACUCGACAUCGAUGUCAAAGGACCUACGACCGGAGCCAAUUCUUUCCCAUUCAGUGGAAGGGUUGGCGAAUUUAUGCAGGUGCUCCGCCAACAACACGAGCAUUCCAAGCUUAUUCAAAAUUCAAUUAUCAGUUCAGCGUUAGAAGAGGUCGAGCAGGAGCGGGAGGUUGCCUACGAGAUCGAAGAGGAACGAGAGAUUCAACGACCACGGCGGCUGGAGGCUCUCCGGUUUCAUGGGUUACAUCCAUCUUUGUCCCGUUUUGCAAAAACCGGGGUUCUGCAACGGUCUGGGGUUGUCUCAGCUGCCAGUGUGCUCUACACAACAAACUUGGGAUUGAAAUACGGAAGCGAAGUGGCUGAUCUCCUUCCUCGCCUGUGCGUUUCUUCUGAGUUCACGAAGACGGUCAAGCUGAAACCCGGCGAGAAACGGGAUGAGUUUAUGCGACCUGUCACCUGGUUAUUAUGUAAUAUUGCAACAGAGGCUAUCAUCAUAGUUACCCCAGAGGAGGCGGAGGAAUUGAUUCCUAUCCUUCGCACGACUCCGGCGCCAUCGAUGCAUCUCAUAACAUACGCAGCACCAGUGAUGAAGCGUAUGCUCCACUUUGACCACCUAGAUUAUUAUGCAAUCCCUGCCUUCCCUGCACCGUGGGCUAUACCCGACUGGCUUUCCCUUGAGGUCGGGAUCUUCGCAGGGAAGCUAUAUUUUGCAUACACAGACUAUGCUUAUCUAGUGCAAAAGAUGCAGCCAGGACCAGGAGCACAGAACUCCAAUGGGAUCCUUAGCACAAGGCGGACAGCACAAUCGAGCUUUCUGGAGGAAUGGUUAGUCCUGCGUCGUCAGGGCCAGGAUAUUUCACAUACGCCCAUGGGCUAUUUGUGUAUGAAUAGGUCACUUUCUAUUGACCACCCAUUCUUUGCGACCGCAGGCAUACAGAAUACCGAGCCUAUCUUCCACUCAUCUGGAUACACAGUGGGGAGCGAAGAGGAGGAGGAUGAGGAAUACUAUGAGAGCGAGGAAGAAGAGACUGGCCUUUUAGAGACCGAAGGCGGUGAUCAGCUUUUAUAA